UUUAUAGUGAUGAAAAUUUGGGUUUUCACUGAAAAGAUAAAAGUUGAUUAUCUUUAAAGAUUAAGUAUUAAUCAUUAAACAUGAAGACAUAAAAUUAUAUAUAAUAUUUAUUAUCUUAAAUUCAAUUUUCAGUGUAUAAUUAAAUGAUGAAUUUUGAAGUGUCUUUAACUUGUGUAUGCAGGUUAUCCUUUGUUUACUCAAUGUUCGCAAAACUUUAAACAGAAAAAAUAUGACGAACCCUCACCAAGAGAGUCGAUCCCCUACGGAUUAUAUUGUAAGAUCCAAUAGUCAACAAAUAGAGAAUCCUCAGUUUGGUUUAGAUAUGUCCCAUUCACAUAGUAUCAAUACAAUACCUUCUUUAAGAGAUUAUAUCGUAUCUGAAGAUUUAUUAGCUGGACAAAGAACCAAUGGGAGGAUGUCAAAUGUUAGAAGAUUCUUCUGUUUAUUUGUAACAUUUGACUUACUGUUUACGUCACUGAUGUGGAUAAUAUGUGUAAUGCUUAAUGGUGAAUUUAUUAUUACAGCUUUAAGUGAGCAAGUCAUACACUAUAACAUACAUACUUCCUUGUUUGACAUAGUUUUAGCUGCUCUUUGUCGAUUUGUAGUACUUUUACUUUUUUAUGCAUUAUUAUACAUAAAUCAUUGGAUUGUGAUAUCGAUAUCAACGGCUUCCACAUGUGGAUUCUUGAUAACAAAAGUUUUCUUUUAUGAUUGGCAUAUUUCAACCCAACCUGUUUUUGAAGUACUGUUGGUGCUAGCUUCUUUCAUUUUGGCUUGGGGUGAGGCAUGGUUCCUUGACUUUAGAGUGAUACCUCAGGAACUACAUGCAAACAGAUUUUACAUUACUACUACCGAAUCGGAGCGAGCUCCGCUCAUCAGAAGUUACGUUCAAGGUCUUCCAUCUGUAUAUACUGAGAGUGUAGGCAAUUUUUAUUCUCCUCAGGGAUCUCCUGAAGGUUCUCUAGAUAGAUUUGAACAGUCUCCUAUUUUAGGUGCAUAUCCGCCAGUCAGAUUUACAAGAGAUCAGGAAGAAAAGUAUAGACUGUUAGCGGCGAAAACUUUGCAAGACGCAUGGGACUUAUUUCAGAAAAAGGAUUGGAAGUUAGUGAAACAAAAUGGAUUGGAUUUUGUUUUCACAAGUACUGAUUCUAAAGGGGCAAAAAUAUUUCGCCUUCAAGGUCAAAUAGACGCAUCUCCAAGGUUACUCCUGGAUGAACUGUACUUCAGGAUACAGGAUCUUGCGAAGUGGAACAGUGCAAUAAAGGAGUCCCAUAAAAUACAGGCUAUAGAUGAACACACUGAUAUAACUUAUAAUAUUUCCGCUGAUGCUGCAAGAGGUUUAGUCACCAGUAGAGAUUUUGUUAAUUUGCGUCACUGGGCUUAUGUAGAGGAUUGUUAUGUAAUUUGUAAUGUAAAAACCGAGCAUCCUUCACUACCUGUCAGCAAAAAAUUUGUUAGAGGUGAAAAUGGUGUGGGUUGUUGGAUAAUGGAAACAGUGCGUGAUAAUCAGAAUAAGUGCAAUUUUUACUGGAUCGUUAACACGGACCUAAAGUUGCGAAUACCAGGUCUAAUUUUUACUAAAGAAAUGUCCGCUAUGAUGUUUAAUUACAUGAAAGAUUUGCGGCAGCACAUCUUGAAGAAGCAUGAGACUGAAAGAUAUGACUGAUUCUUGAUGCAUUUUUAUAUUUAUCUUAGGGUAUAACUUUAAUUUUUGUGCUUUCAUUGAAUACCUAAUUAUAGUUUUUAAAGUUUUG